AUGAACUACUCCGCGCUGAAUUGCAUUCUAAUUGCUAUACCCAUCCUGCUGCUUUUAAUGGAUACCUGUGAAGCCAAGCCGUGGUGGCCCACUAACGAAGCGGGCUACGAUGCCAGUCUGGACCCCAUAGCCUGGUCAAGAUCAUUUGUGCCGGAUCAAGUGCGGAAAACCCGCUACAAUGUCAUCCCAGAACCGAGAAGCAAACAUCGCCAUCGCCAGUCCUCCAAGCUCUGGUACCAGAAACCUGUAUCUACGUAUCCCAAACAUAUCGUCAAUGCGAAAUACUACAAGAGAUAUCUGAGACGAAGACAAAAACUGGCAGCACGUGAGCGUUACGCACACUGGAGGCAAUAG